CACCCACCAGUAGCGCCGUUUUGCAGUUCUGCCAAUCAGACGGAGUUUCAAGACCACACCCAACAUUCAUUUUUUCCUUUGGUUUACCAGUUUUUUAAGAGUUUUCAGCAAAAUAAUUAAUUAAAACCAUUUAAUAUAUUUAUUUACAUGGAUGUUUCGAUUAUAAGCAGUUCAGAUUAAAAAUUAUUGCAGAUUUCAGAUUAAAAUUAAUAGAACGGAACUUUAUUAAGUUGGUGCUAAAUCUACAGCAGCUGAAAAGAAAAACAUUCGCAAAAUCGCGGAUUAUGUUAUGUACAUACAUAUGUACAUAAUACUGCUGUUUCAGUGCUAUAGUGCUAUUCAUCAACUCACAACUGCAGUAAAAAUAGUGAAAUAUAACUAGAAGGACUUUUAAAUAAUCCAGACAAAUCGCAGAUGCAUCAUUGAGGAAAAUGCUUAACGAGGUAAAUGAAGUCUUUAAUGACAAGUCACUGGACCAAGAGACCCCCAUUGGAGUGCCCUUGACCGCCAAGUACAAGAGAAGUUUUGCUUACUUGACGAUUAAGGACAGGCUUCCAGUCAUUAUCACCAAAAUUGUAGACCAUCUUUACAGAGACAAACAAAAGAUUAUUGAGCAGUUUGGAGAGGAUGCUACUGAAGAGAUAAAAUCGCUAAUUGGAAGCUUUUCCAAAUUGAGAAACGAGCUUCAGACAAACAAACCUCUCUUGCCGAUUGCAAUUGGUGCCGAUGCGAAUUUGUGGAAUUCUUGCAUACAGGACUGCCGAUGGUUUGACUCUCCCUGGCUGCUAGUCGAGUGCUACCUUUACCGGAGAAUGAGGGACAACAUUGCUCAAAGCCCAAGUCUGGUUGACUUUGACCAGUUUUUGGAGCAGAAGAAAAGUGGAUUUGUUGCAUCUGUUCCGGCCAUGAGAGGACUGGAGGCCCAUCUUAAUCAUUUAACUGCCAACCCACUUUCCGAGACUGUCAAGACAGAAUUGAUCCAGUUGUUUAAAGUCGCUCUAUGGGGAAACAAAUGUGACAUGUCCUUGAGUGCUGGAGAACGCAGAGAGCAAAUUGUUGACCCAAUGAAGCAACUUGAUUCUCUAGAGUCCAACAUUUUGUGCAACCACUUGGAAAAUGUUUGGGAGAAAAUUUUAAAGCUCAAGGAAAAUACCUUAUCCGUCAUUGACAUUGUCUUGGACAACGCCGGUUUUGAAUUAUUCACCGACCUCUGCCUUGCCGACUUUCUUGUCAGUCACGAAUUUGUAUCUACUGUUCGUCUGCAUGUGAAGAACAUGCCAUGGUUUGUCUCUGACGCCACCCCUGUGGAUAUUUUCUGGAGCCUUGAAUACCUCGAACAGCACAUGCCUGAGCUAGGGUCUCGUUGGCGCUCCCACUUCCAUUCCGGCAAGUGGAUUCUACAUCCUAGUGCGAAGUCCUCAUUUUGGACUCUACCACAUGCUUUUGGAAAGAUGCAAGAAGUCGAUCCUGAACUUUUCGAAGUACUCAACAACUCUGGUCUGGUCAUUUUUAAAGGAGACUUAAACUAUCGAAAACUAGUCGGCGACUUAAACUGGAGCCCUGAAACUGAACUGAAAGUUGCUUUGGAGGGGUGCCCAACUCCCCUACUUGCACUGAGAACCUUAAAGGCUGAUGUUGUUGUUGGUUUGGAAAAAUCUGUUGUGUCAAAAAUGGAGGGUGACUGGAUGGUCAGUGGUGAAUAUGCCGUCAUGCAGUUGCUUGAUAAAUGAUCCUCUGGUAAUAAAAGGCUUGUUUGCUUUUCUUACUCGA